AUGCGGCCGGACCAUCGGCUCCGGCUGCUGCUGCUCGGCUGCUCGGCUGGUGAGAUUCGAGGCCGGUCGCCCGACCGACAGACCAAGUCCGUGACAACCGCCCAGCCGAAGCCGCCUCGGCAUAAACCACUUUCACCCUCAGCUCCGGACGCCCAAGUCUGCUCUACUGGCCUGGCCUCUACGACCGGUCGUCAACUCAGCGACCAAGUGAACUUUGUGCCUCCUCCUCCUCCUCCUCCUCCUUCUCCUCCUCCCCCUCCUCUUCCUCUUCAGUAG